AUGACAUCACUUCCCAAAACUCCUUCAUCCGCUGUACCGCAUACUCCCGCACCGGCUACCACCAUUCGCGCUAAGCAACCAUCCCGAGGGACCAGCCGAGAGCUGAGUUGUAAAGGAUCCAUGGUCCUCAUCCCAACUGCAACUGGAGCUUACAGUGUGCCCAGUCCACUUCCGGAGAUUGGGACCAAAGUGCUUGUGAAUAUUGCCCAACGAGAAUGUGUAAUACGGAUUGAGCUGGACGAGAGUGCAGUACUGACUAGUUUGUUGGCUAAUUGUGACCCGAAAGAAGAACUGAUACGUUUGUCAUACGAAAGAGUGAUUGUAGUGGAUCAACUCAAAUCUCUCGCUCCGAUGUUAAUAAAUCAUGCGAAGGAGUCCGCAAAUCCAGACGGGACUGGUGAAUCGGACGACGAAUGCGAAUAUGAGGUGACAACACGGGUAGAGCAUUCGUUUCACUUUCCCGCAGAAUUCUAUCUAUUCCAAGCUACCCGAGUAAAACAAAAUGAAUCGACCGUUUAUAUUCAAGUGCCUCGUAUAGAUUCGAGGUGA